UUUCAGCUUGAAAAAUAUUGCAAUAAGCAGCGAUGGCCGACGAUUUUGAUGUUGAAGCUAUGCUGGAAGCUCCUUAUAGGAAAGAAGAUGACGUCGUCAAAACUGAUGGAAGAGCUGACAAAGAAAGAAGGUGUCGAUUUUGGUCUGAUAUUGGAGAGAGAUGUGAAAGUUUUCUCAUGCUAGCUGAGAUCUAAGAACAAAGAGAGAUCAGACGUCGGAGGAGCCGAAGUUCUAGCCGCAGCCGGAGUACAAGUCCUGUAAAGCACCGAAGAGUUUCAUCUGUGACUUGCUUAGCUCAUGCCAGCAAAAACAUAUAGCAAAGCGAGUCCUCCCUAUGGGCCUGGCCCACGAUGGAAGCACUCACAUGUACUAGAACCGCUUCCAACUUCAAUGUUCACCCGUCACCAUCGCACUAAUGAAAAAAAGUCGCAGUCGAGAACGCAGCCGCAGUCGAGAACGUAGUCGCAGUCGAGAACGCAGCCGCAGUCGAGAUCGCAAUGACCGCAGACGCAACCAUUUCAGAAAAUAUAACCAUCCAAACAAACUUGUAGGCAGUUCCGAAAAGAUUUCUCAGUCAAGACAGUAUGCGGAUUACAACAAAUACAAUAAAAGCCCUGAUCGCCGCAGCCGUCGUGAAAAGGCAGAACGUAAACGUAGCCGUAGCCGAGAAAAAAAGAGCGGCCGUGACAAAGAACGCAGGCGAAGUCGUACUCCGAGCCCUCCAAGUAGGAGCCGGGAAAGGUAUGCAGGUACUGCCAAGCGAAGUAGAAGUCGCUCACCGUACAAGGGUCGAGGUGCACGUGGAGAGAAACCGUACCGGCGUAGCAUGAGCAAGAGUCCGCUGCGGUCUUAUGAAUUUGUCAGGGAACCUGGUCCUGAAUUAUCUCCCGAAGAACGCGAUGCCCGCACCAUUUUCUGCAUGCAGCUCUCUGCCAGAAUUAGACCAAGAGACCUCGAAGAAUUUUUUUCCUCAGUUGGGAAGGUUCGUGAUGUACGACUUAUCACUGAUAACAAAACAAGACGAUCGAAAGGCAUUGCUUAUGUGGAAUUUGUCGAUGUGGAGUGUGUGAACAAGGCUUUGGCCUUGACUGGUCAGCGACUGUUGGGUGUCCCCAUAAUGGUACAACCAUCACAAGCUGAAAAGAACAGAGCAGCCAAUGCAACAGCCACGCUACAGAAGGGCACCUCAGGACCCAUGCGCCUCUACGUUGGUUCAUUACACUUCAACAUCACAGAAGAGAUGUUACGAGGAAUAUUUGAGCCAUUUGGCAAGAUUGAUGACAUCAAAUUAAUCAAGGAUCACGAGUCUGGCAGAUUACAGGGCUAUGGAUUCAUCACAUUCCAUGAUGCUGAAGAUGCAAAGAAAGCCCUGGAACAACUGAAUGGCUUUGAACUGGCUGGUAGACCAAUGAAGGUUGGUCAUGUAACAGAGCGAACCGCUGAAAAUCAGGUGGCCUCUAUACUGGACAGUGAUGACAUGGAUAGGGCUGGAAUUGAUCUUGGUGCUACACGCAGACUUCAGCUUAUGGCCAAGUUGGCUGAAGGUACUGGCUUCCAGAUCCCACAAUAUGUGGCCAAUGCCCUCAACAUGAACUCAUCCGGAGACACUGCUACACCACCACCAACUCCAGCUCCUAAUCUAUCUACCCAGUCACCAACGCCCAUGCUACAAGCAAGCGCUGCUGCAGCGGCUGCUGCUGCUCUUGUCAAUCUGACCAGUUCGGCACCGGUUGGUGUUACUGCUGGUGGUGCCAGCGGAAGUAUUGCUGGUGGUGGAGGCGGUGGCGGCGGCAGUGGAGGCCUUGGUGGUGUCGGCGGUGUCGGUGCUGUUGGCACCGUUGGCAGUGUUGGUAGCGUUGGUGGUGGUGGCAGCAGUGGUACAGGCGGCAGUACUACCACAGGUCAGCCCACACAGGCUGCUAAUGGACCACCAAUCCCCACACAGUGUUUCAUGUUGGCUAACAUGUUUGACCCUUCUUCGGAAUCCAAGGUGAACUGGGAUCAAGAGAUCCGAGAUGAUGUCAUUGAGGAGUGCAACAAACACGGUGGUGUAGUGCACAUCUAUGUGGACAAAGCUUCUGUACUGGGCAAUGUCUAUGUAAAGUGUCCCAAUAUUGCAGCAGCAGUCGCAUCUGUCAAUGCGCUGCAUGGCAGAUAUUUUGCAGGCAAGCUGAUAACUGCUGCGUAUGUGCCACUGCCCAACUAUCACGCUUUGUUUCCAGAGGCAGUCCGCGCAAACCAACUCCUAUUGCCCUCCACUCAGGCUCUCCAGUACAGUUAUGGGACGGCACUCUACCCUGGGAUGCCUCCCAAUAUUUCACGGUGAUCCACGCUCAACACCACCACCACCACCACCACCACUUCCAUCUCCACCUCUUCCUUCUCCUCCGACCACCACCACCAUAACUUAUCUCCUCCUCCUUCGCCUUCACUUUCUCUUUUACUGUAAUACUUUUCAAUUUUUAAUUCAUCACCAUCUCUUUCUUCCUUGUACCUCCUCUAUUUUCUUUUCAUCUCCUGCAAUCACCUUUCUGUCUGUCUGUCUGUCUCUCAUCCCUGGGGACGGUCUCUUUCCUUUCUCCUCUUCCUCUCAAUUCCUCACCAGCCUCUCAUUCUCUCUCUCUCUCUCCCUCUCUAAUUUUAUGUGAGAUAAGUUGUUUGUUGGGGUGGAGGGGAGGAAGAAGAGGUGGGCCAUUCAUCACUCAUAAAUUUUCACUUCAUCGAAUGCCACUUAUUUUGCUCCUCUCCUGUUCCUUUCCCCCUCUCCUGUCAUGAUCACCCACCCUUACUGCAGCCUGCCCCACUCCACCUCCAACAUCAUCCUUCAGUUCCUCCUCUUCCUACUGCUACUCCCCCACUUCUCAAAAUUAAAAAAAACAAAACAAAAACUGUAAAGAUAUGUUUAGUAAAACCUUUUUUUUUUCUAUGUGCUUCUCUUUAAUGAUUCAUUAACUAAUAAUUAAAACAACUUUGGAGACA